GUCAAUUGCAAGUAAGCAACAGUACAAAGUAGUAGAAUUCCUGGUUGGUAGGAUGUUUAUCCUCAAUUGCGGGCCCAAUCCUUGAGACUUGGUUCACCUGCAACAACACUGAUACUGAUAGGAACCAAGGCGAAGAAGAGAGGGAAAUGAGAGAAAUAUUUACAAUGUCAAAGAGAGUCGGUCAGCGAGCGAGGUGGUAUCCUUGGAAGAAAGCAUAUCGCUCACAGAAGCACAAAUUGCACAAAAAAACCCACAACAUACACGCCCAAUUCUUUUAUGGAUACAGCCCAUUCGAUAUACAAGUUCUAGCACCCGCUCCAAAGUUCACCCCGCGAGAUGAUCAGAAUAAAAAUAAUCAGAGCGGAAAAAUUAAAAUCAAUGUCGUAGCGGUCGUGAAUGGCUCCUGAACCUGGAGCCUUGAGGAAUGCACUGAGCACAAUGGCAGUCC